UUAACGGUUCCCGGUUGUUGAACCGCUGCACCCUCCACGGUGCCGGUGGCUUACAGGCUGAUUUGGGAUCGAGUGAGCCACCGGUCAGACGGUUGGCUGUUUCAUUUACUUCACCAAGCCAUAUCACCACGAUGUGUUAACAACGAGCAGCUAUGUGCUAAUAACUCACCUCACCCAGGAUCAUUACUGCAAACAAAGAUCCAGAGCAAUGGAGGAGGGCUCUGAGGUGAUGGAGGAUAUUGUAUUUCGAGGGGUGGAGUUUUCUGUGAAGAUAGAGGUGGACAAGGGUUCGCUGAUGGUUGAAAUCUCUGACUCAGUGACAGCAGAUCAGUGGAGGGGGGGAUUUGAUCCAGCAUAUAUUGAAGACCUCACUCGGAAAACUGGUAACUUCAAGCAGUUUCCCAUUUUCUGUAGCAUGUUGGAAUCAGCUGUUAGAAAGACGAGUGAUUCUGUUACACUUGACCUUUUGACCUAUGCCGACCUGGAGCUGCUACGAAACAGAAAAGCAGGAGUGGUUAGUCGUCCUCGCGGACAUCAACAGUCAUCUGCACUCACUGCCAAAAGAUAUCUAAUCCUCAUAUACACUGUGGAGUUUGACAGGAUACACUACCCUUUACCCCUGCCCUAUGUGGGUAAGCCUGACCCAGCUGCCCUGCAGAAGGAAAUCAGAACCCUCAGGGCUGAGCUCAGCGCUCUCACCUCACAUGGAGUUGACAAAUCAGCAGGACUAGAAAUACAGCGGCUACGAGCAGAGUUGACUCUGGUGAAAGAAGAGAAGGAAUCCAUGGCCAAAGUUCUGGAGCGAUUGCAGAUGACUGCUUGUGGUUCCACACAUGGGCGAGAGGACAGGAGGGUCAUAGAUGUGGUUAGGACGCUGGAGGAACAGCUUGUCAAGGAGAGAGCCAAAAGUCAACGCUCGGCAAGCAAGAGAUGCCAGGAGCAGAGACUCCUAAUGGAGCAGUUGGAGGAGCUGAGAGCAUCAGAGUGUGCUCUCCGUGUUCGUGUCAAGAGUCUCACCAGUGAACUGGCGUUACUACGGAGAGGGUUAGAUACUCUAAGCAUCAGAGUGACGCCUGUGUCCGGUCACAUCAGCUCUCGAGUCGAUGGGGAAAGCUAUCGUUCUCUAUCCCGCGAGAGAAGAACAGGGUACGGGACGGUCAGGGCUCGCUCAGGAUCAAGAGAACGGAUACAGGACCGAUUGCAAAGGUCAGAUGAAAGAGGAAGAAGAGCGGAUUCUUCAGGACCACGUGCUCGCAUACCCAGACCUUCACCCUCUCCCACUGGGUCACGGGUACCACGCUUUGAUCCAACUGCGUACAUCCAGGACAGAAAUCGCAGACAGAAAGAGGCAGAAAUCAAAAAACAGAGGAAGGUGCGGAAGGAUAUGCUGACGUCACCCCUCGUCCCUGAGAGGGGACGUUCACGCUCCAGAGAGGCCUAUCCUCAGAUGGCCCGGUCUGGCAGCAGAGGCAGGAGUUUAUCCGUGGAGCGGAGAGGAAGCAGGAACUCCUCUGAAAGCUCAUUAGUGGACAUGGAUGAAAUGGCCAAAAAUUUGUUCAGAGGACGAAAAAAGACUUACAAUGGACCCAAUGUGUCAAAAGGAGGCCUUUUAACCAGGAAGCCAUUGUGUAGUACUCCAACACACAAAAUGAAAGACAAAGAGAGCUCCAUAGAUACAGGUGCUGAGCUGUCGGAGAUCGAUGCCAGGCUGCAGGCGCUUCAGGAAUACAUGAGGGACCUAGAUACAGGGCACUGACGCAGUUUAGGCUGAGGAACCGAUCUUAAAACAUGAGCAAUGGGCUUACCUGUUCAUGUGUGUUCAUGUAAGACACUAAGCCUCCCUCUGGAGGGUCAGACUCCCAGGAUUUCAGGAAACUACAGCCAUCACUGUGAAGGACUACUUUUUGUGGACUGAUAUAUAUUUUUUUUUUUAUAUACCAAGUUUUUAUUAAUUAACUUAAAAUGUGACUGUG